CCACAAGAUACUUGAAUCUCCAUUAAUUCACACAAAAAAUGGUAGGUACUUUUAACUCAGUAGUGUAAUCAUAUAUAUAUAAAGCAUUUUCAAAUUACAGUUGAAAAGUUUAGUGGUCAUGAUGUUGAAUCCAAGGUAUGCAACCACCAUCCUCUUCACCUCUCUUCGCACUUCCUCUACAACAACGUUCCUCCUUCUCUACCCUUACACAACCUUCUUCGCUCGUUGCCACCGCAAAAAACUCCACAAACUCCCAACCUUCAACGACGCUGUUUCAUCUUUCAACCACAUGCUCCACCUCCGCCACCCACCACCCAUUCAAGAAUUCAACAAACUUCUAUCAACAAUCGCCAAACUCAAACGCUACAGCGCCGUUGUUUCGCUUUAUUCCAUGUUGGAGUUUAAGGGAACCGUGAAACCCUCACUUGUCACCAUGAGUAUAUUGAUUAAUGGUUUUUCUCAAUUGGGUCAUAUGGGUUUUGCUUUUUCAAUUGUUGGAAAAAUUAUCAAGAGUGGUUUUGAUUUAGAUGUGAAAACACUCACUACUCUUAUGAAAGGUUUGUGCUUGAAAGGUAGGGUUUUGGAUGCACUUUACUUGCUUGAUGAUUCUGUUUCUAGAGGGUUUAGAUUUGAUGAGAUUUGUUAUGGGACAAUUAUUAAUGGGUUGUGUAAAACUGGUAGAACAAGAGUUGCUAUUGAGUUGUUUCCUAAGAUGAAGACUCUUAGCGUUUACCCUAAUUUGAUUAUGUAUAAUACUGUUAUUGAUGGUCUUUGUAAACAAGGAGAUGUAGAUGAGGCUUGUGGUUUGUGUUCUGAAAUGGUUGCUAAUGGUAUUGGUCUUGAUGUUUAUAGUUACAAUUCUCUUAUUCAUGGUUUUUGUUCUGUUGGUCGGUUUGGAUCCGCGGCAAAGUUGCUCGAUGAAAUGGCGGUGAGAGGGAAUGUUUAUCCUGAUGUCUAUACCUUUAAUAUAUUGAUUGAUGGAUUGUGUAAACUAGGAAUGGUUACUGAAGCUCACAAUGUGGUUGCGGUGAUGAUUAAAAGAGGUCUAAAGCUUGAUGUUGUUAGUUACAAUGCUUUGAUGAAUGGUUAUUGUCUGUGUAGUAAUAUGAAUGAAGCUGAACAAUUGUUUGAUAAGAUGGUUGAGAGAGGUCAUUUGCCUAAUGUUAUCAGUUAUUGUACUUUGAUUAAUGGAUAUUGCAAGGUUAAGAUGAUGGAUGAAGCCAUGAUGCUAUUAACAGAAAUGCAUAAGAAGAAUUUAGUUCCUGAUACUGUAACUUAUAAUUGUCUUCUUGAUGGUUUAUCGAAAUCGGGAAGAACAUUGUACGAGCAGGACUUGGUUGAGGCCAUGCGUGCCAGCGGUGAACCCCCUGAUUUAAUCACUUACAAUACAUUGUUAGAUCAUUAUCUCAAACAUGAGGAGGACCUUGACAAGGCACUUGCAUUGUUUCGGCACAUUAUUGAAAUCGGGUUCUCUCCAAACAUACGCACGUACAAUAUACUUCUUGAUGGUCUUUGCAAAAGUGGAAGACUGAAGUCUGCAAAAACGAUUUUUCAGCUUCUGUCUGCCAAAGACUGUCAACCCAAUAUUCGAACAUAUAACAUUAUGAUCAAUGGGCUUUGUAAAGAGGGUUUAUUAGAUGAAGCAGAGGCCUUACUUUAUAAAAUGGUAGACAAUAAUUGCCUUCCCAACUAUAUAACUUUUGAUACCAUUGUUCGGGCAGUUUUGGUGAAAUAGUUUUAAUUGUUGAGGCAAAGAAACUUCUUUCAAGGAAUGGUUUGCUGGGAGGUUUUUGGAAAAAUUACAUGACAAUUGACAUGGUUUAGAAGUUCCAAUGGUUGAUCUUCACAUUUUCUCCUUGAGUUUUUAAAUCAGGUAUGCUGUACCAUUCAAAACUAUGAUAACUGUUGACGAACUAUGAACCAAGAGUUUCCUGGUUAAUAUAUUCUGUGUAUUUCUCAUGAAAAGACAUUUAUGUUUUGUGUAUCUAACUAUUUCAUUUUGCUCCUUUUGAUUCUAAUGAAAUUCAUUUUGAUGAUAUUCAUUUCAAACCAGUAAUGAAAUUCUUGCCAAUGUUGGUUGGCAUGGUUGCCACCUUAAAUACCCAGAAGAGAAACUUGAAUCUCUCACUUCCCCCCAGUUUCAAAAUUCACUCACACUUUGCGGCAUUUCUAGGGAUGUCAAUGGGGUAGGGCAUGUUAGUAUUCCCCCACUCUGUUCUCAUAUUGCACCCCGUCCCUGAUACCCUCCACGGAGAGUUUUUCUCCCCUGCCACAGCCCCUAUAGAUCCCUGUGAGGAUCCAGUCAGCAUAAAAAAAAGUAACAAUUUAUACAAAAAAAAAAUUAGUGCAACUCAACAAACACUGCCAAUUAUUCAUUGUUGCUGUACCAUAUAUCUGCAAAGCAGUAGAAGUAUUUUCAAAUGCCUUACUAAGGACCAUAAAUGGGAAAUCAGCACAAUGGGAAAAAUGAAAGAGAAGUGUGUUAAAAGAGCAUAAAUGGGAAAUCAACACUAUGAUGAUUGUGUGUCAAAAUCGCAAUACUUAACCAAUAUGUCAUAAAGCUGCGACUCAGGGGAUUGAAAUAAAAAGAAAGUUGCAUCAAUAAUUUGCAAAAACAGUAGAAACAUUUUUAAAUGCCUUACUCAGAAACAUAAAUGGGAAAUCAGCAAAAUGGGAAAAAUGAAACUCAAGGUUUAGAGUAGUUAUUGCCAAGGGCAACUAGCUUUACCAAGCAGCGGAAAUUGCCGCAAGUUCUUUGAAGACGAGGGAAAGCAACAGAUCUGCGUUCAAAUAACUGCUCACUUGGGAAGAUAAAUGGGAUGUGAACGUGACGGCAUUGAAGAGGACACAAACAUAAGCAGAUACGUGACAGAGCAGGACACAAAAACGAGCAUAGACACGAUGAAGCAGCAGCGCAGUGGGUCUAUUAGGGUUCGAUUCUACUUGGAUUCGAUGUUCUCACAGAAAUGUGAUGCAACCUGUUGUCUUUUCCAUUCUCACGGGUUAAAGUUAUUGUCUUUUGAAGCCUGAGGCUCUGUAUUCUGCUGUUUGAGACUGCAACAUGGAAGCAAACUUUGAAGUUGCGCCUUCUUUGUCAAGCAUCUCAAAGGACGAUUCUUCAUCCAAGGGGUAAAUCUAAGAUGGAAAUGGGGGCUACAUCAUCUGUGGCUGAGGAAAUUGCUCCUAAAAAUGUUGGACAUUUUAGAGCAAGGAGGAGGGCAUCGGUGUUCUAUUGUUUAAACUUUUGGAUUAUGCUUGGUUUUCAACUUUUCAAGGUUUCGGUACAUCUGAAUAUGAUUAAAUAAUGUUUCCAUGACAUCUUAAUUUGAUGGAAAUGGCAUGCAGACUGAAGCCUGGUGUAGGGUGAUUUUUUGUGCCGUCAAUUAAUCAGCUUGACGGAACUUAAUGUUUUAUGUUUUGUCAAAUGAAUUUUUUUUAAACUUA